AUGACCUGUACACGCAUCAGGUCUGGAAAGGAGGCUCAGGAAGUCGAGGGUCACUGUUCUUCGUGUAAUGACAUGGUCCUACCCACCGAGUAUCCCUGGACCGACUUGGAAGGCAAUGAUACAGAGGAGGCGCAAGAAGCUGAACGUCCCUGCAUUACAUCGGACAACAUGAUCCUCCCCAUGAGCGAAUUGGAAGACGAUGAUACACUAGAAGACGUGACUUCAAAACGUAUCUGGUUUGGAAAGGAGGCUCAGGAAGUUGAGCGUCCCUGUACUUCAUGGGAUGACAUGAUCCUGCCUACCAAGUAUUCCUGGAGCGAUUUGGAGGAGGAAGCCACCCAAGAAGAUACUUUGGAAAACUAUGUGUAUUCUUCCAAAAUAUCCAACACCUACUACGCCGAAGAGAGCAAACUAGAAGCCCGACGAGAAGAGUUGAACGAGAGGCCGGCGCCAGAAUAUGAUACAGAUGACGAUUGGUCGUCGGAUGAUGAAGACGACUGCGACUCCAACAGCGAAUACGACGGGGGCGAAAAGUUUUAUGAAGUCGCUUAUGAACACUUUGAUGAUUGGCCGUCGUAUCAUCAGGACUAA